AUGGCGACAGAGCACAUCAUCGUCGGCACCGACGACACCCAAGCGGACAGCGCAGCCAUUCUCGCCCCGGACCUGCACCGCCAAGCCGCGCCCGACGCCGCGCUCGCCAAGACCUUCCACGCCCACCGCCGCGGGCCCUUUGGCUCCAAGCACAUCUUCACCGAGGCCGAGGGCCCCGGCCGCUACUGGGUGUUCAACCCCGUACCGCAAAAGCACGCGAGCACGUGGAAGCCCGUGCUGUGGAGGGGGACAACCCCAAAUCCACCUGGGGACGGCAUGCAAGAGGUGCUUCUCAACGACCAGAGGCGGGCGAAGAAGAGGGCGUACGAGAGGGGCCAGAAGAUGCGCAGGUGGUUCCGGAUGAAGCCGACUCCGCCCAAGAACCCCCUCGAGGAGGAGAAGGUGGUGACGGACUUGGUCAUGUCGCUGACCAUGAAGCGGCCCAAGGGCAUGGGGAGAUCGUUGAAGUGGUCGCUUGGCGGAGAGCAGUACACGUGGAAGGGGACGAGGCAGUUCUUGCCCGCGCGUGUCAAGGGGUGGCGAGGUAUCUCUCACGACUUCAAGCUCGUCGACUCACACGGAGCCAUCAUCGCGACGUAUGAGAAGGACAGAUGGGCAUCGUUUAAACGCGCGGAAAAGGUCGGCGCGCCGCCCAACAAACGUAGAAAGUUUCUCGGGACGUUGACCACCUUCCUGCCGUCGCAACCCAACCCAGUAUCUGCAGCGGCAAGGGCCGUAGACACGACGACAGUAGUCGCCAAGGACGGCGGCUCGACGGAGCACCUGAAUCAAUCAAACGAAGAGAGUCUAAUAACGCAAGAGCCCAAGAAGAAGAAGGCAGAGAAACCAGACAAGAUUCUCAACUUGGACGGGCCGCACUCGGGAGACUUGUUGGAGGAAGCAGUCGUGUUUACUUGCUGGAUGGCGUUUGAAGGCGAGCACAGGUUGCGGUGGAAGAUACUCGACUUGUUGGAGGAGGUGGCAGAGACCCUCGGCGAGUAA